GUUAAAGCGCGUGUCAAAGUGCGGAGGCGGCACUACCGUCACUGACUCCAGUAAUGGACAAACAGUUCGUUUUUAGCAUGAACUGUGGCUAAUACGAUGACGGACAGCAGUUUAUUCAUAUCUUAAGGACAACUUAAACAUGUUCUGGGGAUGGCUCCUCAAGUGGCCAUGUGAACAGAGCAUAAGGAGACAGUUGUUGGCGAGGGAUGAGGACAAUGAAGUUCCCAUGGUUCGUCCUCACCGCGCUUCUGUUGUUACUUCAAACAUGCAAAGGUGCCAAAUCCUGUCAUAUCUGGUCCACCGCUGGCAAUGAGGUGCAAAUAACCUCCACAUUUCGGGUUUAUUGUGCCUUUAACUUGGAGUGCACACCUUCUAUGUACAGCGCCAGUGGGCACUCUGCCCCAAGACCUCAGACCCACCAAAAACAUAACUCCACCACCAUUUACCUGGAUGUGGUCAAUGUGACAGAGGACUGCACCUUCAGCUGUGACUGUAAAGGCAGCAACAGAAACACUGGGAAUAAGCUAGAUUCCUGUGGGCUGGACAUUUUUGCAGGAUUUCCACCAGAUCGGCCCACCAAUGUGUCAUGCGUUUACCACAUUUCUGAAACAUCCUCUGCUGUCGUCUGCUCUUGGGCCAGUGGAAGGAAUACAUUCAUAAUUAACGACACAAAAUUACGGGUAAGGACUUUUACCCAUAAUGCAACAGGAGAAUUGGGGUCUUUCGUUUUCCCUGCGAAGGGAAGUCCUACUGUGAGGGCAAACUUUACUGUGGAUGGUUCAGUCCAGGUCAUCUCAGUUCGGGCCAAUGUUACAAACAAGCUGGGGUCUGCAGAAACCCCUGAAGUCAAAUACAUUUUGAGGGACAUAAUGAUGCCCCCUGCCCCAGAGCUGCAUGAAGUUGACUGUUUUUCUAGAAACUGUUCCAUCAAAAUUAAGCAGUCUGUCCCUACCCAUCACCUGGACAUUAAUUACAAAGAAGAAAAUAAAGAGCAGUGGACACCUCAUCCAAAAUCGGUUCUGACCAACGGUUCAGUCCUUGUCCAGUCGCUGCAGCCCUACAGAUGGUACAGCUUCAGAGCCAGGUCUAGGCUCACCACGGGACUGUGGAGUGACUGGAGCAGAACUGUCUCUAAAUGGACUCAAGAAGAAGCUCCUGGAUGUGCCCUGGAUGUGUGGUAUGCUGUAGAUCACAACAAGAUAAGAGUCUACUGGAAGAAACUAGACACCUCUGUUGCUCAAGGAAAGAUCUUGGAUUACAUUAUCACAGUCUACGACCGAAACUAUAAUAUAAUAUCAACCCAAACAGCCAACUCAAAUAACCAAAGUCAUCUAGUGCAGUUAUGUUUAAAUUGUCAUGUAACAGUGAGUGCCCGCAACUCCAGGGGGCGCUCUCCUCCUGGUAAUAUCACCAUCCACACUGUCAAAGCCAAGGCCACUCUUGUGCCUGUAAUAAACAAUAAAAAUGUCGCCAUCUCCUGGACCCAACAUGUAACUGCACCCCUUCCCCUCGAAUAUGUGGUAGAAUGGUUUGCCAAAUACCAGAAACCGAAGGCACUCCGAUGGCUCAGGAUGGGCCAGAACAGCAGCCAUGUUGUUAUCACAGAUAUGGAGCCAUUCGUGUGCUAUGAAGGAGCAGUGUAUGUUUUUUAUAGUGACAACUCAGUGGAUCGACUGGAGUUUACUGAUAUCAACACAGACGUUUCAGUCCCCACAUCUGGGCCUGUUGUUAUUGAAAAGGUGGUGGGAACUACAGUCAAUGUGACCUGGCUUUCUAUGGAAGAACCCGGAGGCUGCAUCAUCAAAUACAUAAUUUACUUAGAGAAAAACAACAGAUUUUUUGCCUCCUAUAAUGUAUCACCAUCACAGAGAUUUUGGGUUUUAAGAGAUCUGACUCCAGCGGACUACAGGAUUUGGAUGAGCAUUUCCACUGCGAAAGGAGAAGGACCACCAGGUCAAAAAGUCAACUUUUUCAUCCAACAAGAUCCACCCUUGGCUCUUAUCAUCACAUUUAGUGUCCUGAUUACUUUGGUGGGGGUUUUAAUCUGUGUGUACCAAUUUUCAGCUGUAAAGGAAAGGAUUUGGGUGUAUUUUCAGUAUUGCAUGCCUGAUAUUCCUGACCCUGCAAACAGUAAAUGGGCAAAAGAUUGUUUAAAAGAAAAGGCCAAAGUGAAUCUCCAUCAUCAAAUCAGCAUCUCCACAGUGAGCGAGACGGAGGAGGACCUUGUUUUGGUGGACAUCCAGGAGCUGCCCCGUCCACCGCUGUUGCCCCAGAUCAGUUUGAGCUCAGAUUCAGAGACUGCUACGCAGCCGUACCCUCACAUUACCUAUAUCAAGUGCUUCUCCCACGAUUCGGACAGUUCGGGACAAACUCACACGUCCUCCCUGGGCACAAAUGAGACAGUGGACUACAUCUCCCCUCACGACACAGCAGGCAUGUCUGAGGAGGAGGAGGAGGAUUUACCCACCUUCUUUCCAAGUCACAGUUUCUUCCCAGAACAACUUGAUCUUGGACCAAAGUUGACUCUUGAUGCUGUGAAGAUUGAUGGAAGUGAUUUCUUUCUCCAAUAAUGUAAUGUUAAAUGACCAGACUGUUAAGAGCAAUGCUUAGCUUGUCAUUCACAGUCAAGUAAAUUAAUAAUUAUUAGCUCUUGCUUAUGUUGGGGCGAUUGUGGCGAUAUUAAUUAUACAGAGCAAAGAUUUUAGCAGAAAGCUGUGAAUUGUUAGACAACUUGGUCCGAACAUAUCUCAAUCUACAGCAUUUGUGGAGUGUUGCCAAUCAUUUCAGUUCUACAUGUCAGUCAUCUACUCCAAAGUGGUCCAAGGAAACAAAAAAAAACGCACUGUUGACAACAAGUGAAGAAAGUAGACUGGAUCUGGAACAAAGAUUAGGUUAGCGUGGUGGCCCAACAAUCUACCAUCGCUUAAAUUCCUGCUUUUUCCAUUUCCAUUAGAAAGGUGCAAGAACGCAUGCUUUGUUAAUUAUAGGACCACAUAGUAAGCAGGCGAUUAUCUGUGAUUUUAUUUAGUAUUAACAUAUUCUGGGGCUGUAUCUUUGUUAAUUAACUAACUACCUCAAAGUUUCCAUGAAUAAGGACUGCUUCUGCCAUUUUGUUAAGCGUUGAGUGCAGUUUCUACAGAAAACUCAGUUAAUAAGUAUUGCUUUUAACACUUUAAAUACAUUUGCAAUGUGACAGUACUUGCCAUUUUGGUCUCCAUUUUAAUAAAUCUAACAAUUAAGAAUA